AUGUCCACCAUUUCUACAAUCUCACUCCUGGUGAUAAACCCCAAUUCAUCCGCUUCUGUUACUGCAGGUCUCCGUGAAGUGCUCAUACCUCCUCCUGGUGUCCAUCUUCAGUUUUAUACUGGCCCAAGUAAUGCACCACCGUCGAUCAACGAUACAACCACCGGCGUUCUCAGUGCAGCAGCCUGCUUUGCAGAUAUUCAAGACAAGGGUUUAAUUGAAAGAUAUGACGGUUUCCUCGUUUGUUGUUUCUCUAACCAUCCUUUGACCCAUCUUCUACGCGAAAACACAAGGAAACCUGCUAUCAACAUCUUGGAAGCAGCUGUUUCUCAGUCUCUUUUAAUUGGCCAGCGAUUCGGAAUUAUCACCACGGGAACUGGGUACAAAUACAUCUACUAUAACGACGUGCACAACUUUAUUGGAGCAUCAUCCGAGAGGUUCGCAGGGCUGGUGACCACUGGCCUAGGAGUUGUUGAGUUGAGAGAAGGAGAUCGUCAGCAUAUCGAAGCAAAGAUUAAAGAAGGAAGCGUUAAAAUCGCUCAAAAGGGAGCGGAUGUCAUUAUUUUAGGAUGUGCAGGUAUGGCUGGUAUGGAGGAUUUGGUGCAGCAAGGUGUCGUCGAGGUAGGGCUAGAGCCAGUUCGUGUGGUGGAUGGUGCCAAGGCAGGAGUACAAAUUCUAGCGGGUUUGGCCAGAUUGGCUACAUGA